AUGCAUCUUCAGGGAAUGUUUGUUCAGCUGGGAGCCAUCAUGCUCCUGGCACUGGCUGCCACCGCUGCGCCCAACAACGGAGGCAAGUCUUCCAACAAGAAGCAGCCCAACGUCAUCCAGCUCAUCUCGGAUGGCUUUGGUCCCGCGUCCGAGACGUUCGCUCGCGAGUACCUGCAGUCGGCCAAGCACCUGGCUUGGAACGUGACCAUGCCUCUGGACAAGCUGCUGGUGGGUGAGGUGCGAACUCGAUCGACCAACUCGUUGGUGACCGACUCGGCUGCUUCGGCCACCGCCUACUCGUGCGGUCUGAAGAGUGUCAACGCCUACAUCGGUGUCGACUCGGACAAGAAGCCGUGCGGUACCGUGCUGGAAGGUGCCAAGGCGAAAGGGUACAACACUGCGCUGGUGACCACCUCUCGCAUCACCCACGCCACGCCCGCUUCGUACUCUGCCCACAUCGAUGACCGUGAUGCUGAGGACGAGAUCGCAAGCCAGCAGAUCGGAAACUACAUGCUGGGACGUCAGGUCGACAUCCUGUGGGGCGGUGGACUGCGUCACUUCCUUCCCAACACGACCAAGCCCGGUAUCCGAACCGACGGACGAAACCUGGUCGAGGAGGCCAAGCAGCGCGGAUUCAACGUGGUCAACAACCGCAGCGACUUCGACGCUCUCCAGGGCGGCAACGCGAUCAAGCUUCCGUCGAUGGCGCUCUUCACCGCGUCUCACAUGGCGUACGAGAUCGACCGAAACGCGACGCAAGAACCCAGCUUGAAGGAGAUGGCACUCACUGCGCUCAACGGACUGCGCAACCAGGACGUGCCCUACUUUAUCAUGAUCGAGGGAGCACGUAUCGACCACGCAGCUCACAACAACGACCCGAUCGGACACAUCCACGACAUCCUCGCGUACAACGAGAUGGUGCAAGCCGUGGUGGAGUGGGUGGACAGCAACGCUGCCAACAACCCGAGCGAGCGCGAGACGGUCAUGUUCUCCGUGGCCGACCACGAGUGUGGUGGAUUGACGUUGGGUCUGCAGAGGGCCGAAGACGAAGAGUCGUACUACGGAUGGUACCCGGAUGUGCUGCUGAACGCGACGCACUCGACCGAGUUUUUGGCGGCUCAGACGGCCAAGUGGGUGGCAGCUGCUAACCGUACCGACGCGGAUAUGCGCACCUACAUCAAGGACGAGGUGGUGUCCAAGGGUCUCGGUAUCAAGGACGUCCAGGAUGGAGAGAUCCAACGCGCCGUCGACCUUGCCAAGCUCAAGAACCAGAUCCCCUACACGGUGUGGUUGUCGUCGAUCGUCAACUGGCGUGCUCACCUCGGCUGGUCCACCACCGGUCACUCUGGCGUCUCUGUCGGGCUCUACUACCACGAAGCCGCUCCUCAGAAGAAGGGAACGCCCAGAUACCAGCGCUACGAGAAGCGACGUGCCUCGGUGAUCGGUUCGCACGAAAACACGUGGAUCGGCCAGUGGAUCGCCGAGUACCUCUCGCUGGACCUCACCUCGAUCACCAAGACGCUCAACAACGGAAGCGACUACAGCUGGUACAACAACUGGGGCGACAAGCUCAACAGUUUCACCGACAACUUGGAGCACUACCACGGAGGUCUCGCCCGAGUGAUCCCGGCGAGGAGUGCGAGCGAGAAGCGGGAUCUGCACAUGGGAGACUCGCACGCGGACAACGAGCCGCUGUUGAGGAGGAUCCACGGUGCCAGGACGGGAGCUACGUUGGAAGAGAGGUCGCAUUCCAUGGCUCGUCGUCAGGAGCUGUAA